AUGAGCAGUGUAUGCAGCAGUAUAUCCUGUCUAUACGACCAAAAAAAUCUAAUCUAUGGACUGUGGGAUGGAGGUGUAAGAAUAAAUAAAAAAGGAAUGGCUACUUCCAUUUCUCUUAAGUCACCAGCCACUGCCAUAUUUGAGACCACAGAAAGCACUGUAUACAUAGGAACCGCCGAUGGAGAUGUAUGGGAAAUAAAAAAUGAAAAUGUACAGCGAAUUGUCAGAGCAUGCAGGCACACAAAACAUACUGAUAUAAAUAUACAGUCUGUAACAGGAGUUCAUGGGCAUAUAGAUCACAAUAUUAUUAUUACAUACAUAUAUGGUGAAGUAGUAGUAUAUAACACCAAAGACAGUGCCAUUGUGCAAAGAACGCCAAUAGAAGGAAAAAUAACAAGCAGCUGUGCUGAAAAUGGAAAGGUUUUGUGUACAGUAGAUAGUAAUGCACUAUUAGUGUAUGAUACAAGAAGCAACACAGUUAUUAGAAUGAAAGCACUUUUCUCUAAUAUUAUUAUUACCCAUAGUAUAUUUGUUUCUGGCACAGACCAGCACACAAUUGCAUACGCCACCUCUAUUGGAAAGGUUUGCAUUGAUUACACAAACAGGCCAGGAACGGGAUUUGUCUUCAAGGCACACAGGCAAAUAGCAGAUAAUAGGGAAAUGUAUUAUCCUGUAACCCUUAUAAAACCCGCAACUUCUUCUAGAAUCAUCACAGGAGGCGCAGAUGGGGAUGUUCAUCUCUGGGACUUAAAAGACAAAAUAAAAGUACACACCAUUGUAUCAACAAAAAAAUGCAUUCUUACAGGUGAUGUCAAAGUAGAUGAAAACAAUUUGCCAAUUUCUCUAAUGCUAGUUUUAUCUGAGAGUAUUAACGGCCUUUGUGAGAUAGAAGGCACAAAUCAGCUAGUUGAUGUUUCUUUAAAAGGAUGGAUCUAG